AUGGCGACUAUGAUGCAACCUCAAAUCAUACUGCUGAAGGAAGGGACAGAUACAUCCCAAGGAAAACCACAGUUAAUAAGCAACAUAAAUGCGUGUAUGGCUGUGGCCGAUGUAGUGCGGACCACUCUUGGUCCGAGGGGUAUGGACAAGCUAAUCCAUGACGAGAAGGGAAACACUACCAUUUCGAAUGACGGGGCCACCAUAAUGAAGCUUCUUGACAUCGUUCACCCUGCUGCAAAGAUCCUCGUGGAUAUUGCCAAGUCACAAGACUCCGAGGUUGGCGAUGGAACCACUACAGUAGUUCUGCUUGCUGGAGAAUUUCUAAAGGAAGCAAAACCAUUUAUUGAGGAUGGAGUUCACUCUCAAAAUCUUAUAAGGAGUUAUCGAACAGCUAGCCAUUUGGCCAUCGAGAAAGUUAAAGAAUUAGCCGUUAGUAUAGGGGGAAAAAGCUUAGAAGAGAAGAAGAAUUUGUUGGCUAAAUGUGCUGCUACAACACUCUCUUCGAAGCUUAUUGGUGGUGAGAAGGAGUUCUUUGCAUCCAUGGUUGUGGAUGCUGUCAUUGCCAUUGGAAAUGAAGAUAGGCUAAAUAUGAUUGGAAUUAAGAAGGUUCCUGGAGGUAACAUGAGGGAUUCUUUUCUUGUGAAUGGAGUUGCCUUCAAAAAGACAUUCUCGUAUGCUGGUUUUGAACAGCAACCAAAGAAAUUUGAAAACCCCAAGAUACUUUUGUUAAACAUAGAAUUGGAGCUAAAAUCAGAGAAAGAAAAUGCUGAGAUAAGGUUGUCAGAUCCACUACAGUAUCAAUCAAUUGUUGAUGCUGAAUGGAAUAUCAUAUAUGACAAGUUGGACAAAUGUGUUAAGAGUGGAGCCAAAGUUGUUCUGUCACGGCUUGCUAUUGGUGAUCUGGCAACACAGUAUUUUGCAGAUCGAGAUAUAUUUUGUGCAGGACGUGUUACAGAAGAAGAUCUGCAGCGGGUUGCUGCUGCUACUGGUGGAACAGUGCAAACAACCGUGAACAACAUUAUUGAUGAGGUUCUCGGUUCUUGUGAGCUUUUCGAGGAGAGUCAAGUAGGAAAUGAGCGAUUUAAUAUAUUUAGUGGAUGCCCAUCUGGUUGCACUGCCACUAUAGUUCUGCGUGGUGGAGCAGAUCAGUUCAUUGAGGAGGCUGAGAGAAGUUUACACGAUGCAAUUAUGAUUGUCAGAAGGGCUCUGAAAAACUCCACCGUUGUUGCUGGUGGUGGUGCUAUUGAUAUGGAAGUAAGCCGAUACUUGAGGCAGCAUGCACGUACAAUAGCUGGGAAGUCUCAGCUCUUUAUAAACUCUUAUGCAAAAGCUCUUGAGGUUAUCCCGCGGCAACUGUGCGAUAAUGCUGGUUUUGAUGCAACUGAUGUGUUGAACAAACUAAGACAAAAACACGCUCUUCCAUCCGGAGAGGGUGCACCUUAUGGUGUAGAUAUCAACACUGGUGGAAUUGCUGAUUCAUUUGCUAACUUUGUUUGGGAGCCUGCAGUUGUUAAGAUUAAUGCUAUAAAUGCAGCUACUGAAGCAGCUUGCCUUGUGUUGAGUGUUGAUGAAACCGUUAAGAAUCCUAAGUCGGAGAGUGCACAAGGAGAAGCUGCUGCAAGUGCCAUGGGUGGCAGAGGACGAGGUGGAGCUGCUUUCCGAGGUCGUGGACGGGGAAUGAGGAGGUGA